GGUCAGCUGACUCUGAUGCUGCUGUCAGGAGACCUAACGAACUGCACUGAAUGGCAACUAUGAAAAUGAUCAAGCCAUAGAAACAUUGCAGACAGCUGUAUUUUAACUGGCAACGGCCAAAUUUUAACACACAGUUUUCUUUUCAGUUUUUUUAAGCUGCACCAGUACUGUAACCAUGACAGAGUUUUGGUUGAUCUCUGCACCUGGAGAGAAGACCUGCCAGCAAACAUGGGACAAAAUGAUGGCAGCCACCACACGUACCAACAACCUCUCCACCAACCACAAGUUCAACAUACCGGACCUCAAGGUUGGGACACUAGAUGUGUUGGUCGGACUGUCGGAUGAACUGGCCAAAUUAGACUCCUUUGUUGAAAGUGUGGUGAAGAAGGUAGCUCAGUACAUGGCCGACGUGCUGGAGGACAGUCGAGACAAAGUACAGGAGAACCUGCUGGCCAAUGGAGUUGAUCUUGUCACCUACAUCACAAGAUUUCAGUGGGACAUGGCAAAAUAUCCCAUCAAGCAGUCACUUAAAAACAUCUCUGAAAUCAUCUCAAAGCAAGUAACCCAGAUUGACAAUGACCUAAAGACAAGAGCAUCAGCUUAUAACAACCUGAAGGGAAACCUGCAGAACUUAGAAAGGAAGAAUGCGGGGAGCCUGCUGACCAGGAGCCUGGCUGACAUUGUCAAGAAGGAAGACUUUGUGCUGGACUCAGAGUACCUCAUCACUCUGCUGGUAGUUGUACCAAAGACAGCGUACACCGACUGGCAGAAAACAUAUGAAACACUCGCUGAGAUGGUGGUGCCUCGAUCUUCAAAUCUGCUGUUUGAAGACAAUGACAGUGGCCUGUUUGGUGUCACUCUAUUUAGGAAAGCCAUUGAUGACUUCAAACACAAAGCCAGGGAGAACAAGUUCACAGUGAGAGACUUUCAGUACAAUGAAGAGGAGAUGAAGGCAGACAAAGAGGAGAUGACACGGCUCUCCACAGAUAAGAAGAAGCAGUUUGGGCCACUUGUUCGAUGGCUGAAAGUGAACUUCAGUGAAGCCUUCAUCGCGUGGAUCCACAUUAAAGCACUUAGGGUUUUUGUGGAAUCUGUUUUAAGAUACGGGCUGCCGGUGAACUUCCAGGCCAUGCUGCUGCAGCCAAACAAGAAGACCAUGAAGAAGCUGAGGGAGGUGCUCAAUGAUCUGUACAAACAUCUGGACAGCAGUGCAGCAGCUAUCAUUGAUUCUGCGAUGGACAUCCCAGGCUUGAACCUGAGCCAGCAGGAGUAUUAUCCUUACGUCUACUACAAGAUCGACUGCAAUCUGUUGGACUUCAAAGUUUAACACUUUCCUGAUUUUGUCUUUAUGUUGAGUGUUGAUUAAAUUAUCUUUUUCCUGGUGACCCCCCCCCCCCCCCCCUCCCACUGUCCCAGCUGUCUUUCUGCUCACUGUCUCCACUCCACAUCAGCUGCUUGAAUGACAAUGCUGCAUGUUCAUUCCUUGUGGUGAAAAGGCUCAUCAACAAGCUUCUACCACUUUUACAACCAAGGGACAAA